AAUUACCAGUAUUAGCCACCCAGCUAGCUAAAUUUUUAUUUAAAAAAACAUGAAGAGGUUUUCCGUUAUUGUUUUGUGCGUGGUGACUCUAGUGGUGGUGUUGUUUUUAGGUGCAGAGGCAGCUCCAACGCCGAAAUGUGAUAACCCCUUGGAGUAUAGCUCAUGCUUGAAUGCGUACAAGAAGCCACCUCCAUCAGCCGGUUGUUGCCAGAAGAUGAAGGAACAAGCACCAUGCUAUUGCGAGUACAUGAAGAUAGAAGAUGUCAAACGUGUUUUUGACAGAGUUGAGAUUGCGAAAAUGGCUAAAUUGUGUGGAGUUUCAUAUUCUUCCACCUGCUAGAAUCCCGUUUGGUUUCAUUUGACUAUCUCUGGCUGGGAUAACCUAGCAUCUCAAUAAAUGAAAUUUUAUUUGAAAACUAUUUUUUUACUCAUAAUUUCGACUAUAAUGUACUUGUGUUCUUUUUUU